UACCUCACUGUUGAAGGGAUUCAUACGUCAAAAUGCAAUUUGUAUUUUCUCUGAUGCAGGGCAUGCGUGCAAGAGCACUUUCCCAGGGGCAGGGUGGUGGUGAACUCGUGUAUCCUAGAUAAGUGUUGGCUCGGGGCAGCAGAAUCACAGAAUCAAUGAAGUUGCAAAAGAUCUCUGAGAUCAUCGCGUCCGACUUAGGGCCGAUCACCACCUUGUGAACCGGACCAUGGCACCGAGUGCCACAUUCAGUCUUUUCUUCAGCAGCUCCAGGGCCGCUGCCUCCACCGCCUCCCUGGGCAGCCCCUGACCAUCUCUAUCCACCCUAAAGGCAGAAUUAGGAGCCGCUGUCCCGGCAGCGUCUCCCGGCUCAAGGGCAGCUGUUGUGUGAGGUCCGUCCCGCUGACUGCGUUCUGUCCGGUGUGGUUCUACAUCCCUGCACAUCGGGAAACCGCGCAUCUCGUCAAGGAACAGAGGAGGCGUUUUGGGGCUGGAUGAAAACAACCCCGGCUCCCUCCACCCCCGUUCCUCGUCUUUGAGCCCCGCACGCUGUGGAGCUGGGACCACCGGGAGCUGCCCCGCUCCUCUCCCCGCGGAGGGUCCGAGGGCGCGGGCUGUGGGGGCUCGGUGGGGCGAGGGAUCCCUGUCCCUGGCCGUGAGGGCAGCACCGACGCCUUCGCCCCUCCAGGGCGCUGGGAGAGGGCGGCGAGGACACCGCCCGCUGUCCCUGGGCUCCGCCGCCCCGCCCCGGGCGCGCAGGUGUCGCUCGGGGUGGGAUGUCCGCGGUGCCAUGGCGGGGGCUGCGAGGGACUCCCCGGCGGGCGAGCAGGAGGGCUACAGGCUCUCCAUGUGCAGCAAGCUCUGCUAUGCCAUAGGAGGAGCCCCAAACCAAGUGGCAGGGAGUGCUGCUUCUUUCUUCCUGCAGAUCUACCUGCUAGACAUAGCCCAUAUUACACCAUUUCAUGCCUCUUUGGUGCUGUUCAUUGGCAAAGCCUCAGGUGCAGUUACUGAUCCUGUUGCUGGCUUUUUUAUUAGCAAAAGUAGAUGGACAAAAAUUGGUCGGCUCAUGCCCUGGGUGCUGGCAUGUACACCCUUCACAAUAAUCUCCUAUUUUUUAAUGUGGUACCUGCCUCCGUUUGUCUCAGGAAGAGUUGCUUGGUAUCUGACUUUCCAUUGCCUUUUCCAAGCACUGACCACAUUAUUCCAAGUACCAUACUCUGCCCUCACCAUGUUUCUCAGCACAGACCAGAAGGACAGAGAUUCUGCAACAGCAUAUAGAAUGACCAUGGAAGUGCUUGGGACCUUGAUUGGAGCUGCACUUCAGGGGCAGAUUGUGGCCAGUGCUCAUGUCUCUCCCCACUGCACUGUGACUCCCUCAGUAAACACCACUGACUCCUGGCAUGACGUUCCCAGCAUUCCAGACCCCUCAGAUCCCCUGUCUCAUCAAGCAAAAGUUUACAUGAUUGCAGCAGGGGUCAUAGCAGGUGUGUACCUCCUUGGAAUUGUCGUUCUUUUUCUUGGAGUAAAGGAAAGGGAUGAUCCUUAUGCCUUAAAUUCAGACAGAGCAAUUCCUUUUUGUAAGGGGCUUGCACUCACCAUGAAGCAUGGUCCAUAUGUGAAGCUUACAGCUUCAUUCCUUCUCAUCUCGACAGCAGUUCAGCUGGAGCAGGGGAACUUUGUCCUGUUCUGCACUCACGCUGCCGGCCUCCGCAAUCACUUCCAGUAUUUGGUGGUGACCAUCUUGGUAUCAGCAGUCGUGAGUGUUCCCUUCUGGCAGAAGUUUCUGCAGAGAUUUGGCAAGAAGUGUGCAGCAUGUGGGAUUUCGUGGAUGAUUCCUUUUGCAGUCAUGCUAGUGACCAUUCCAAACCUGAUCCUGGCUUACUUCGUGGCCUUCGUCUCUGGUCUGAGCAUUGCAGCAUCUCUUCUAUUGCCAUGGUCAAUGCUGCCUGAUGUUGUUGAUAACUUCCGCCUGCAGAAUCCCCAUGGGAAAGGACAUGAAACCAUUUUCUAUUCUUCUUAUGUUUUUUUCACCAAGAUGUCAGCAGGAAUUGGCUUAGGAAUUUCUGCAGCAGGACUGGAGUUUACUGGGUACAAGCCAGGGAUAUGCAGACAGUCAGAUGAUGUGAUCCUCACACUGAAACUCCUCAUUGGAGCAGUCCCUGCCAUCCUCAUCCUUUUGGGUUUGUUUAUACUCCUUUUCUACCCCAUCACUGAAGAAAGUCGGAAAGAAACAAAGCUUGCCCUUGAAGAGUUAAGGAGGAGCCACCAAAGCACCGAGAACUUGGACAGCCAUGAAAAGGACACCUCUGUCUGAAAGCUCUGAAUGCAGCGGCUUCCCAAAUACAGACUCACAUCCCACCAACACUUCUAUGAGAGUUUUCUAGGUCAUUUCUCUGCUCACAUUUUAUCAAAAAGGACAAAGAUGAUUCUGACAUAGCCAGUAAUGAAAUCAAGAGAGGACACCAUAGUGCAAAUAUACACCUAACCCCAUGCACUGUGCUAGGAAAUGACAUUACACAUGUUCAGAAAUGCAAGCUAUUGAAGGCUGGGGGAUUUUGUUUGGUUUUUUUCCAAUGAUUAAUGGGAAGCUGGGAUCUUGUUCAUGGGAGAAUUUAUGCAUUUGUAACUUAAGAGGAAGAAAAAAGAGUAAAUGUGACCAGAGAAUCUUUCAGAAGGUUCAGAACUGGAAAAUAUUCCCAAGGAUCAUUGAGUCCAAUUCAUAAUGAACCAUCCAAAUAUUAACUCACAAUAUACUUCACCCUUGGGGGCUGGGGUGGAUUUUGAGCACAAUCUCCACCUAUAACUUGCACACUAUUGUGUUUGGAAAGCACUUGGGAACCUGAAGUAUACUAUAUAUAUAGUAUAUAUAGAAGUAUAUGUAUACUAUAUAUAUAGAUUCAUAUAUAUAUAUAUAUAUAUGAAGUUAGGAUUAAUUUUGUUUUUAAAUUAAGCCAAUCACUCAUGCAGACAUAUUUUGAGGAUUUUAAAAAAUUUUCUUGAAAGAGAUUUUGAGGUAAUCUAAGUUUAUAGAUUCUAUAAGAAAUAGAACCCUGCAUUUCCUGUUACUGAUGUUUCUUGCUUCUGAAACCUGUAAACUGAUCUCUGUCAGAGAAUGAGAACUUGUUUUCAAAAUCCACAUCUCCCCUGAGGAUAUGAAAAAUCAGUAGUCCCUUCCAAAAAUUAUGCAAUUCAAUUUUCUUUACAUUUUGGCCUUUAACUAACAGCCAUACCCAUUUCUCACAUGGUGUAGGCUCUCUGCCUCACAAAAAACCAUGGCAUGGGUAUUAAUCUCAGCUUGCACCUAUUUUGUAAUAAUGAGGCUACAGCAGUCUUUUAAAUGGUGAUUUUUUUUCAAUCAGGGAUGCUAUCAUGCUUUAGAUACAUCAACUCAUUUCUACUAUAGAUUUAUACUGUUGAGCACACUUUUUAAAUGAAAGACACACCUAAUCUCAGGCACCUUCUGCAGCACUGAAGUUCCAACCUGUUCAUUCUUGGCUUCUGUGGUGGUUCCAGAGACUGGCUCCAAGCCUAAGCUAAAAUGAUGGGACUCUGAAGACAUAUCUAAAUCUGGAAGGGAGAGUGAGGAAUUCAAGAGGUUUGAUCACCUUGAAGAAUUUAGCAAUGCAAGACAAGACAUGAAUUUCAUCCCACUGCCUUCCCUGUGUGACUCUGUGAGUGCCUUUUUGCUGCACCAGAAGUGCCUUUGGAGGACAGGCUUGCUGCUGUUUGGGAGCACCUGGAGGAAGGGGCCACCUGAUAUUUGCUCAGGGUCGUCUGGGAAGUGGCUCACAGUGCUGGGCUGGAAAAUUGGGAAAGAUUUUGCUGAAGGACACUGGGAUGUAAAAUCAGUGCAACCACAGAAAGUCUCAUUAAGUUUGAUACUGAAACCUUGUCAGGCAAGUUUGGAGUCAAAGACCUUAUGAACUGUCCUCAAAAUGCUUAAUUAUGAGGGAGAUUCUAAGGGUAUAUUUUGAGUGUGUGUGGGUAAGAGCUAACUUUGUUUAAGAUUUCUGUUGACUUGCCAUCUAAGGCUGGGGUUUUUUGUUUUCUUCCUUGUUUCAGUUUUUGGACAAACCAAGAUAUGUAUGCCUGGGGCAUAUGUGUUUACAACAAUAAAAACCAUAAGCCUGUUUACAA